GACAGAAUUCAGGAGUGUCAGGAUUUCCACGAAUGCACAAAUCUAUGCUGCAAACAGAUGCCUUGGUGCUUGUGCAAUCUUCAUCAUCCCAAGUUCCAUCUGGAAGAAAUACAGGCACUGCAGGACAGAAUUCAGGAGUGUCAGGAUUUCCACGAAUGCACAAAUCUAUGCUGCAAACAGAUGCCUUGGUGCUUGUGCAAUCUUCAUCAUCCCAAGUUCCAUCUGGAAGAAAUACAGGAGUCAGCGCAGAGGAGCAAAGAGGGUGAGAGGGGAGAGACCUCUAUUGUAAAGAUGACGUUGUUUCUUCGCUCGCUGUUCCUCUUUUGUGGGAUCAGCGCGCUGUCGACCGGAGUGAACCCUUUCUCUUUUUGGAAUUUUUGGAAACCAAUCAAUAACUGUCCGAAAGGUUGGACUCAGUUGGACUGUCACUGCUACAUCUUUCAAAGUGAAGCAAGGGAUUCUGCUGAUGCACAGAGUGUCUGCGAAAUACUCGGUGGGGACUUGGUUUCCAUUCAGGAUAUGCUGGAGAAUUCAUUUGUUGCAGGAAUUGGUGAAGAUGCUGAAGAUGACUUAAUCUGGUUGGGGAUUGAUGAUCUCUCUACGGAUGGGACGUUUACGUGGAAUGAUGGAGCAGGCACCGGCUUCAGUGCCUUUGGUGAGGGAGAACCUAGUGAAACUUGUGUUGCGAUGGAUGUGACCGACGGUUCUUGGCAGGAUGAAGACUGCGACUCUGCGUACCCGUAUGUUUGCAUCAGAGAUGUGGUAGAUCAUACAUGAGACAAUGUAAAAGUCUUGAGGUGUCUUCGUAUUGCUGGGUUUGCAGUCAACUGCUUUUCAUCAAUUCUGCUCAACUGUUAUCGACAACAAAAUUGUAAUGUGGAAUCGCAACCCUCUGCUCAAUGAAAACAUCCUUCUGAAUCCAAAUGUUUUUUUGUCUUUAUUUCUAUUCUUGCCAUUUUGAACAUGCUGGUUUUCUCACCAUUUAAC